GUGGCAUGUUGUGCACUCCAAAUAUUCUUCCAACAAAAAAGAUUUGCUACCUCACCCAUACACGCACAACAUCCUCUUCUUUCUUUGUUUCUUGUAUAUAUAAUUUUCUCUUUUUCUACCCAACAUUAUAUUUGUUCGGCAUUGCCAUUUUCCAUUUUAUAUAAAAAGAAGCUUUGGUAUUAACCAAAGAGAGUAAUGAAAAGAAAAGAGAAAGGAAGAGGAUGAUAACCACAUUCUCUCUUUUCAUUUUGUUAUGCCUUCUCUUAGAUCUCUGAGGCAGUGGAUUGAGUACUGAUUGAUGGUACAAAGAUCUGAUUGAAUCCAACAACAGAACAGUAUUCUGCAAACUGGGGUCUGCCUGAUUUUCUUGAUAAAGGAGAAAUGAUGGAGACAGAUCUCGGUAAGCUAUUUAUAGGUGGGAUAUCUUGGGACACAGAUGAAGAACGUCUUAAAGAAUAUUUCAGUUCGUAUGGAGAGGUGGUGGAAGCUGUGAUCAUGAGAGAUCGCAACACGGGUCGUGCUCGUGGUUUUGGCUUUGUUGUCUUUGCCAAUCAUGCAGUUGCUCAUAGAGUCGUUCAAGAGAAGCACAUCAUCGAUGGCAGAACGGUUGAGGCAAAGAAGGCUGUUCCUAGGGAUGACCAACAGACGAUAAAUAGAAACAACAACAGCAUUCAAGGAUCUCCGGGUUCUGGACGCACAAAAAAGAUAUUCGUUGGAGGUUUAGCAUCUACUGUUACUGAGAGUGACUUCAAGCAAUACUUUGAUCAGUUUGGUACAAUUACAGAUGUUGUAGUGAUGUAUGACCACAACACUCAGAGGCCAAGAGGCUUUGGUUUUAUAACUUAUGAUUCGGAGGAUGCAGUGGAUAGGGCAUUGUAUAAGACCUUUCAUGACCUAAAUGGUAAAAUGAUUGAGGUGAAGCGCGCCGUUCCGAAAGAGAUGUCUCCGGGGCCCAACCGGAGCCCUUUCAACGGAUACAACUACGGACUUGGUAGAGCAAAUAGCCUUCUCAACAACUAUGCUCAAGGGUAUAGUCUAGGUUCGAUUGGAGGAUAUGGGGUCAGGAUGGAUGGUAGGUUUAAUCCAGUUGCCAGCGGACGUACAAGUUUGUCUCAGUUUUCUACUCCUGCUUAUGGAAUGGGUGUCAAUUUGGACCCAGCUUUGAGCCCCACGUUUGCAGGAGCUUCCAACUUUAACAAUAAUAAUCUUGGUUAUGGGCGGGUUCUGAGCCCAUAUUUCAGCGGCAGCUCAAGCAGAUAUGCUACACCCAUUGGAUAUAGCACAGGGAGCAGUAGAGGUGAUUCUUUGCUUAGCUCCCCAACCAGGAAUGUAUGGGGAAACAGCGGUCUUAACCGUUCUCCAAGUCCUGGUAUCUCCGGUUCCUUUUUGGGUUCUGGAACUGGUAUUUAUGGGGUCUUUGGGAAUAAUGGUGCCAAUUGGGGCUCUUCUGCUCCAGUUGGUAAUUCUACUGGUCAGAAUGUUGGGUUCAGGAGUGCGGGAAACAGUUACGGCCUUGGAUCUGGAGGACUUGGAAGAAGCAAUGCAGCAGGUUUUGCUGCAUCUAGUGGUGCUUAUGAGGGGCCUUAUGGCUCAAUAUACGGUGAUCCGACUUGGCAAGCUGUGCCUUCUGAUGCGGAUGGUUCUAGUUCAUUUGGAUAUGGACUUGAAAAUCCGACAAAUGUUUCAGCUAAAGACUCCGAGAGUUAUAUUGGAAAUUAUAGUAUUGCCAAUAGACAAUCGAAUAGAGGAAUUGCGGCAUAGGAAAUUUCUUUAUUUUGGAUAUCUGAAGAUUCUUAAAAGUGCCUUGAGAAUAGCAAGUGGGCUGCGAAUUUUAAUACAUAUAUCCAAAAAAUAUGCAUUUCAGCUAUAGCUGAUGAUAUAGAGCUAACGAGGGGCCUGUCAGAUAAAGUAUACAUAUUCAGAGAGAGCAGUUUUUAAAGGGAUUUUGUGAUGGUUUGAGGUUUCAAUUUUUCGAAAGUAAUUUAGGCUCGUAUAUGUAUAUCAGAUUAUACUUGACACCAUCCAUUGCAGUUGAUGUGUUGUGCAUCCACAACAAAGCGGAUACCAUUCGAACUACAUUGAGAGGUAGAGUUAUAAUUUUUAUAUAUUUUUUUUAUUUUUAACUUUUUGUUCGGUGUAGUGACUGGCAAAGCUGCUGGUGUCUGUUCUCUUAGUUCCCCUUUUUUCUGGGGUUUGUUUUUCUCUCAGAUUGUAUUCAACAUCCCUUUUGAUUUACUAUAAAUAGGGGAUAUGAACCUAGGAUCUACUAUAAAUAACUACUGAAUUUUCUGAUUCAGUACUCGUUGCAGAUUGUACAAGCGCUCUAUGUUUGAGGCAUCAUUUUUAAGUAACUAUGUUGCAGAUGAAAUAGAUACUGUUUUCAUUA